AUCUGGACUGAAAGGAAAAUUUUGCGUGAAAAAAUUGUGGAAGCGUGGUGCAAAUUUUCUGAGGUGUUUUUCUCGCGUUAAAAGUGAGUUUUCGUGGAAUGGCUGCAGCGAAAGCGAACCAGCAGAGGCGUAGGAUGCCGCAGAAGCAGAGAAACAAUGUGCAAAAGUUCAAACCUGGCCCACAGAAGCGUCCAAAUAUGCGACCGAACAUAGGGGGCAUCGGCGCCAUGUUUAAUAACAGCAACUACAAUGCCAAUCAAAUGAUGGACAACCCCGGCUACAUGGAUUUCAAUGAACCCGCUGUUCGGCCCCCGAUGGGCGGUGGGAACAACAAUCUCGGUGGCCCCAAGGGGCAGAAUAAGGCGGGCGGUGGUCCGGGAAUGCAAAGAAAGCAACCCAACAACAGGCAAAUGGGGCAGGCGAAUCAGCAAAAUCGACGCCGGCAGCAAAUGCCAAUGCAGCGCCAGCAGGGCGGCGGCGGUGGAGGCGGAAUGGGGGGUGGUGGCGGAGGGAAUAUGGGGGGAGGUGGUGGUGGUUGGGGAAAUCAGCAACCACGUAUGCCUCCUGCGACGCCGCCCAACAUGAAUCAGCGUCCCGGACCGCCAGGGCCACCUUUCCGCGGGGGCCCAAUGCCACCACGGAUGCAUCCACAUCCCAUGGGACCUAACAUGCCGCCCUUCCACCCACCACCGAUGAAUGGACGCUUCAUGGGAUUCGGACCACGCCCAGGACCUCCAAUGCCACCGCCAAUGGGUCAUCAGUGGCCCCCAAUGCCCGGAAUGCCUAGACCUAUGCACGGCGCCAUGGGACCACCGCGACCACUUAUGGCCGGUGGACGCCCAGGUGGUGGAAAUAUGCCAGGUAAUCGCAUGCGACGCCAGCAGAAUACGAAUCAGAAGACACAGCGAAAACCCACGAAAGCCAAGGGGAAGAUGAAGCCAAAUGUGGCCAAGAAGCCAAACCAGCCACAGAAUCAGUACCCGCUGGAGGAGCCGUGGGUGACGCAGGAGAUUAAGGAUCAGCAUCAGAAGAAGCAGGAUCUGCAGAAUCAGCUCAAGGGGAAUCGAAAUGACGAACUGUUUGCCCGGUUCAAGAGCGAACGCGACAAAUUUGUGGCAAUGUACGAUGCCGCCAAGGCGGAGUACAACAAGAAUAAGGGCAAUCAGGAGAAAAUUGUUGACAAAACAUUGGUUGAGUCCGACAAUGCCAAUGGCACCGAUGGUGAAUCGAAGCCAAAUGGCCAGUAGAAAUCAGAGUGAAAAACUACCUCGUAGUUUUUCUUUGCAUCUCUCACUUGUGCGUGCGGUCAUUUGCAAAAAGCCACACGUAUUUCUUCAUUUGAGUCAGCAAUAGAUAACAGCCGAUGCUCUUGAAAAGCUGGAAAAUGAGACACACUGAGAAAAGGAUAUUUUGUUCAAUUUUUUUCUAAUUUUUUUUUCAUUCUCUUUUUGGAUGAAUAAAAUCCAAAAUAAUAUUUACAAAUUACUGAUAAUAGAAAAUAAUCUUUUGUCUUUCUUUUUGUUAUAAAAAAAAUGUAGAUUUAAAGAUAAAAUCAUUUUAUUUUAGUAAUACUGAAAAUAUAUUCAAAAAUAUCGCACAGACAUGCACUUAAUAUAAUUUCUUUGAAUGAUAAAACUGUGCGAAAAUAAUCUCAGAAUGUUUGUGGAUUUACUAAAAAAAAAUUCUGUGUAAUUUCUUUUUAAUUUUUCAAAACAUUUUAAUGAAUAAAACAUCAUUGAUUUCUCUGAUAAAAGAUCUUGAAAUAUUUUAAUUUCGUUUUUAUAUUACUAAUUUAGUAAAAUAAUAGUUGUAAGAAUGUCCUCUAUUGGAUAUUUUAUGAAUUAAAAUUGCUUAUUUUUUCUUUAAUUUAUCAGAGAAUGUAAUAAAAUUGAUUUAAAAAAUAAAAAUAUUUUAUUUUAUAAAGAUAAAAUUAUUAUAUCUAUAUAAUAUUAACCCUUAAGGUGUAUUUGAAAACAAACAAAAAAUUGUAUAAUAAGAUUUAUGUGAAAUGAAAGAAACAUUAUUAAAAAAAUUUUAAUUAAUAAAAUAUAGUAAAGUAAAAUAAACAGCAUUAAAAUCAUAAUAAAAAAUAUUAUCUAUUUUUUGUGUCUGACUCGAGAGAUUUGACAAAUUCAAUGUCUUCACAUUUAAAUAAUCUUUUACAACAUAUUUUAUAUACAUAUAAAUAUUUUAGAAUAUAAAAUCAUUUUUUUCCAUUUAAAUAAAAUGCAUCAAUAUGACGUAAAUGUUGGAUUUUUUUCCUAAAAACUUUUAGAAUUACCUUUUUGGUUGGAUUUUUGAGGAAAAUCUCUUUAGAAAUCCUAAUGAAUAUAAUUUUUAAAUACAUAUACGAUGUUAGAAAGACGUGACUAUACUAUGAUUAGAAAAACUACUGUUCUUGUGGAAUAUUAUAACUUCUAUAUAUAUUAGGUAAAUUAUAGAAUUAAAUCAUCACCAUUGAGAAGACAUGAAUAAAUUUUGAAAAGAGAAAAAAAUCAAUAUUUAACUUAAUAAAAUAGAGAAUAAAUUCAACAGGAAUAUAAUUGAAAAAUCAACUUAAUCCCCGUUAAUAUUGUCACACUAACUUCUUGUUUAAGGAGAUGCAACUAAGGAUGUGUGCUGAUAAAAAGGCCCUUCCUCAACAGAGAUGACAAAUAAAAGUAAAUUUAAAGUCA